CUGAAGCAUCCCCUGACUCUGAUAUAACUAGAUACUAGGAUGGAUAUACAAUUUUCUUUGGACAUGGUCCAAUAUUGAAGUUUAUGGCCGGCUUUUUGUUCAUUUCUGCUUAGUCCUUUCCUUUGUCUAUCGGAGAGAUAAAUAUAAAUGCCAGUGAUCCAUUUAAGGGUGCAAAUUAAAGUGUGAGGAUCCAUUCAAAUUGGAAAAAUGUGGUUUAAGGCGCUUCUUCUUGGGGCUGUUUCCAUUGCCCUCUUUGAAUCAGUUGCUUCUCUUAACUACAGCAGUUUCCCUGCAGGUUUUGUGUUUGGAACUGCAUCUUCAGCUUACCAGUAUGAAGGUGCUGCAUUUGAGGGUGGCAAGGGCCCAAGCAUAUGGGACACCUUCACUCAUAAGUACCCAGAUCGAAUAGCAGACCACAGUAAUGGCGAUGUUGCUACUGAUUCAUAUCAUCGAUACAAGGAAGACGUAGGCAUGAUGAAGGACAUCGGUUUUCAAGCUUACAGAUUUUCCAUUUCUUGGCCCCGAAUACUACCUAAAGGAAACUUAAAUGGAGGAGUUAACCAAGAAGGCAUCACAUAUUACAACAAUCUCAUAAACGAACUACUAUCUAAUGGACUACAACCCUACAUAACUCUAUUUCAUUGGGAUCUACCUCAAGCUCUUGAAGAUGAAUAUGGUGGUUUUCUUCAUCCCAAUAUUGUGCAAGAUUUUGCACAUUAUGCAGAACUAUGCUUCAAGGAAUUUGGUGACAGGGUGAAGCACUGGAUCACUUUAAAUGAGCCACUAAUUUAUAGCCAAAUGGGUUAUGCAAGUGGUGCUGCAUUCCCACCAGAAAGGUGCUCCUUGUGGGUCUCCCCAAAUUGCACUGCUGGUGAUUCGGCCACUGAGCCUUACCUGGUUGCACACCACCAGAUUCUUGCUCAUGCUGCAGCAGUGAAAAUAUACAGGGACAAGUACCAGAUUUCUCAGAAGGGUCAAAUUGGGAUAACACUGAAUGGUUUCUGGUUUGAGCCACUGUCCAAAUCAAAAGCUGACAAAGAUGCAGCCUCUAGAGCCAUUGCUUUUACAAAUGAUUGGUUCUUGGAACCUCUAUACUUAGGCACAUAUCCUGCAGUGAUGGUUAACAAAGUUGGCGAACGUUUGCCCAAAUUUUCCACAAGGCAACACUUGAUGGUUAAAGGUUCCUUUGAUUUCAUAGGAUUAAACUAUUACACUUCAUAUUAUGUAGCCAAUGUUCCUUGCCAACAAGGAAACCUAUCUAUGAUGACAGAUUCUUGCACUAGAUCCACUCCUCUGAGAAAUGGAGUUCUCAUUGGUCCAAAGGCUGCCUCAGACUGGCUGUACAUCUAUCCUCCAGGAAUUCAGUAUUUACUAGAAUACACAAAGGAGAAAUUCAACAAUCCAACCAUUUACAUAACAGAAAACGGAGUUGAUGAGGUUAAUGAUGGGACUAAGUCACUUGAUGAUAAAGUGAGGAUAUACUAUAUUGGUCAACACCUUUUGUAUCUCCAAAGGGCCAUUAGGAAUGGUGUCAAGGUGAAGGGAUACUUUACAUGGUCAUUUCUGGACAAUUUUGAGUGGACUAGUGGGUACACUGUUCGCUUUGGAUUGGUGUAUGUUGAUUUCAAGAAUGGCCUAAAAAGAUAUCAUAAGAGAUCAGCUUUGUGGUUCAAAAUAUUUCUCCAUCAAUGAACUGGUCCUUAGUAUUGAACAAAAUUCAUGGAAAAGAGAUGCAUCAAGUGCUCCAUUCUUGAUUGCAGUUGUAUUUCAUUAUAGAACGAGAUGCUUUGUUGGUCUAUAUGAUAUUGACCUAGAAUAAGGCUUUGUUGUUGUCUCUGGAUAUGGCAUAUAUUCCUUGAUUCCAUUAUGGACUUUCAGUAAAAAAUGUUUUAAGUGACACUCAUUUUGUUAAAUUGUGGCGGUAUGUAUAUGCCAUAAAUAUAAGUAGUCAUUUGCCUAGAA